AUGUAGCGUGUUGGGUGCAAAGACAUUCGCGGAAAUUAUUUUAGUGUACUUCAAUUAAGAAAUUCGAUAGAAAAAAGAUUGAGAUUAGUAAAUUUAGUACUCGAAAUAUAAAAUAUUAUAUAUUUAAGAUAAAAUCGUAGUUUCAAAAAGAUAAUUUUAAAUCGCUUCGCAAAUUCUUCGCUUAAUGAGUUCACCUAUUGUCCGUCUAGUUCCCCCACAUCGCAAACUUCUUCACAUGCAGCAGUAUCAUCAGAAACAACAAUUUUGCCAUUUAUAAAUAUCUAAAGUCUUGAGUGGUUGACGUUCGGGCUGCGGAUACAGCAAAUCAAGAGCAAUCACAAAAGCAACGUCCAAAAGCAGCACAGAGCAAAGUGAUUCGGUAUGUGUAGGUGUGUUUGUGAGCCUGUUUUUUACAAGAGUUUCAACAUUCGCGUAUUGUUGUUAAUUUUUCUUUAAACAUUCAUCAUAAGCAGCGAAUUGGCAUCAAUGUCGGUAUAUGUAGUAAGGUAGUCGCUGUCGAAGACGGCUUCGGUCCUAACGUGUUGUUAGUCGGUUUGGUAAGUCGUCGAAUUCGCGUUUAGUGUGUUUGGAAUUAACAGUGUUGCGCACCCGUUGGUCUCGCACUACAUCAAACCCCUUCCGUGUUGAAUAGUCGACAAAUGAAAUUCGUAUGUGUAUAUGUAAUGUGUGUGAAUUAUAAAAAACGAGUUUACGAAAAUGAUUUUGGUUGUAAUUUAAUCGCGCACCGGCUGAAUAGUAUCAAAUAAACAAACUCGGUGCGUUGGCCGUUGCUAGGAGCAAUCAGUAGAUCAGCCCUUAAUGAAAUAAUCAUCAGCUGUUACUUUACUUACUACGCUUACGUUAGGUGUGCCUAAAGAAGACGUCUGUGCAACAAGCUAUAAGUUAAUCAACACGUAAGAAUUCAUAAAUCCACGCAGCAACAAUCAGCCGGCCAUAGAGGACUUUUAAACUGGUUUUAAGAGGACACUUACACAGUUCUGAAGUAUCACAACUGCAUUUAAGCAUCGCAACAGGAGAGCAGGGUAGAUGAGAAUAAUAGAAGCAGAAGAAUUAUGCAUAUAAAAGCCAAGCCGUAUAUUGAUAUUGAUUGGGUUUCAGCAUAUCCCAAGUAGUUGAAAUUCAACAUAAGAGACAACGACAUUCCGGUUCGCUAAUUUAAAACUCAACAGCAAAACUCAGGAUCACAAAAUAAAAAUAUAACAAAAAACAACUAAUUAUAAACAGUUAAUUUCUCAAGGACUUGGCAAACUUUUAAAAAGUAAACGAAUCAAAAAAUAUCAAUACUUGGCAAUGUAUUCAAAAUAGCAGGCACUAUUUGCUAAUAUAAAAAUAUUUUACAAAUUAGUUCAAGCAAAUUGAAUUGAGAAAGAAUUUUUCCAGUCAAAAAGUAAAUUAAUUAACGACAUUCAACUAUAGGCAAGCUACUACAACAAAACCAAUAGCAGCUAUGGGCAACAUACAUAAUAUAAGAGUAGUUCGUUUCCUGCUCGUGGUGAGCAUAGUCGUCCUAACCAUUUUCAUUUACGCCUCAUAUUCAUCAAAUGCAACACUAACACCACCGUCACCACACGCUUUGCAUGCUGCCUCCAUUACUGAACAUGCCGGCGGCGCAAAUGCGCAAUUACAACAACUAGCGGCAGCUAACCUGAGUAAAUUUAACGAUGCUGCUCUCUCAUUUGGCAAUGGCAUUGACAACAGUGGUUUUGCAGCAACGAGUAACCAUUUAGAAACGCCACAAGGUGGUUCAACACUUCUGAAAAUGAAUAAAAAGGCCGCUGUUAUGGCUGGAACAGCUACAGGCACUGGCGCAGCCAAAGUGCCUGCGGCAAACACAGCAAAGAAGCAGCAUCAGCAUCGAGAACCAACAAUCGAUGUGGACGAUGUAAAUGAUGAGGCGCCGGAUGAUGAUGAAAUGGAGCGUUUCGGCAACGAAUUGCUUGAAGAUGCAGAAGUGCAAAAUAUUGACAAUGCUUUGGUCGCCGGCAGUAUAAACUACCCGAACGUUACUGGCACCAAUAACGUUGGCGCUGCGCAAGAACAAUCGAAGGCCCAGCCGCAAGCUCAGCUAGACAAACAAAAAGAAACUAACGAAAAGCCCAGUGACACGGGUAGCAAUCUAAACAAAAUACUGGAUUCGGAUGUUAUGAUACCAACGUCGAAUUUGCAAAAGUUUAUCGAAAAUGCAGACAAGAUAUUGAAGAACAUCACAGCAUCACCAACGGCGAAUGAGAAAUUGUCCACUAAAGAUUCAAAGGGCAGCGAGAAGCUACCUGAAAAAAGUGCGAAUAUUAAGACACCCAAAGGAGAAGACAAAGAUGACGAUAAUGAUGAAACAGCCGAUGACGGUGCUUUGCCUCCAUCCGUAGUGAUGACAAUUAAGCGACCUGGUAGUGGCAGCGCUGUUCAGCAAAACACUGUUGAAAAUCGAGCUUCAUCCAAAGUAGAGACUAAACAAACCAUAAGUAAAGUGAAAGCGAUACCAAAAGUGAGUUCUAACAAAAACCAUCCGGUGCCACGCAACAAUUCCGACCAUACAAAAGGUAUCCCGACGAGCGAAAUCUACGAGCCGGGCCACUUAAAUGAGGAAAUUAAUUUCGCUAAGAUUUGUCCAAAUCAAGGUGAAGAUAUAAAGUUAUUGAUACUUAUUUCGUCAGCGCUAAACCACGCCGAGGCACGUCUUGCCAUACGACAGACUUGGGCGCACUAUGGCACACGUCGUGAUGUAUCGAUAGCAUUCGUCUUGGGACGCACCACAAAUGAGACUGUAAGCAAGGAACUGAGUAUAGAGAAUUUCAUUUAUGGUGAUAUGAUACGUGGCAAUUUCAUCGAUUCGUAUACCAAUUUGACGCUGAAAACUAUUUCCACAUUAGAGUGGGUCGAUCUACAUUGUCAGCAGGCGAAAUUCAUAUUGAAAACGGACGAUGAUAUGUUUAUCAAUGUGCCAAAGCUGCUGCAAUUCAUAGAUAACCAUGCCAAAGAGAAGCGUGUCAUAUACGGGCGCUUGGCAAAACAAUGGAAACCCAUACGCAAUAAAAAAUCGAAAUACUACGUAUCGACUGAUCAGUUCAGUCAGCCACUGUUUCCACCAUUCACCACCGGUCCAGCGUAUCUCAUAACAAGCGAUGUCAUACAUUCACUAUAUAACCGCUGUCUCCAACAGGUAUAUCUGAAGCUGGAGGACGUGUUCACAACGGGAAUCGUUGCGCAACAGCUUGGUAUCAAGCGCGUACACGCCAAUGAGUUCCUCAAUCGACGUAUUGCAUUCAAUCCGUGCAAUAUACGCAAAUUAAUCAGUGUACAUAUGGUCAAGUCAAAUGAACAGUUUGAUCUUUGGAAGAAACUACUGGAUAAGAGUACCAAGUGUAAAUAGUAUUUUAGGUUUAUACAUUAGAAUCGUAAAACAUUGAAUUGUAGUUGUAAUAGUAUUAAAUUAAGUAUACAAAUAUGAGAAGACCCAAGAAUAUUUUUAUUUAAAAAUUGGAUAUUUUUUUGGAAACAAUAUUUUAGUUUGUGUAUGGAAGUAUACAAUAUACCUAUAUAAUAUAGUAAUUAUGUAACAUGAGAAACAUACUUUAGUGUUUACCACUGCAAACAUGAUACUUAUAUUUAAAUACUUACAAAUAAAUAUAUACAUGUAUUUAUUUUGUAGACUAAA